AUGCUGUGUAAGCGCUGUGACGGCGAUAGAAAGCAGAUAAUGGGCGAAGCGCUGGGAAAGCUUUUAUUUGACUUACACGUGACAUACUACCUUAUGAUAGGGUCAUAUGGCCGAGAGAUAAUCCAGCCCCUCACCACGGCAGAUGGAUACACCAUCCUAACAGGCUCUCACCUAAUCGUGCCAUUCUCUACCAUGCGCAGCCCGCGCGUGUAUCUAAAUCCAGACGAGAUUCAACCUCAGCGUCACAAUCCAGAGGCAUGGGCGGAAUUCAGCCCAGAAUAUGUUGAACAAGCAAACCAAUUUGAGGCACAAAAGGGUCCAGAUUGGGUAAGACCGGGGCAAUCUGGAUUUGGGGCAGGUGCACAUCCUUGCGUAGGAAAGCGAUUUGCAAUGAUGGAAAUCUCUAUUGUUGUGUCAGCACUAGUCGCAAGAUUCGGCUUCGAAAGAGUGCAACCGAAAGUGGGACUUCCGGCGCAUGACAACGAUCAAGCGGCUUUGAUAAUGCUGCCGAAACAUGAUGUCAUCCGCAAUUACACAGCAAAAUCUGAAUCCGGACUUGUAUCGAAAGGAGGUGAAUGA